GCGGACCCGGUCCAGGCUGGCCGCCGCCUUUGCCAACUCGCGCGCCCGCCCGGCUCCGUCCCUCCUCUCGCUGUCCUGCCACAUCUUCCUCUGCCUCCCACUCGAGGGACCAUGUCGCGGCUCAGCUGGGGAUACGGCGAACACAACGGUCCUAUUCAUUGGAAUAAAUUUUUCCCGAUUGCUGAUGGGGAUCAGCAAUCUCCAAUUGAGAUUAAAACCAAAGAAGUGAAAUAUGACUCUUCCCUGCGACCUCUGAGUAUCAAGUAUGAUGCAAACUCAGCCAAAAUCAUCAGUAAUAGUGGCCAUUCCUUCAGCGUUGACUUCGAUGACACAGAAGACAAAUCAGUUCUGCGUGGGGGUCCUCUCACUGGAAACUAUAGGCUGCGGCAGUUUCACCUGCAUUGGGGGUCUGCUGAUGAUCACGGCUCUGAACACGUGGUGGAUGGAGUGAGAUACGCUGCAGAGCUCCAUGUUGUUCAUUGGAAUUCAGACAAAUAUCCCAGCUUUGUUGAGGCAGCUCAUGAGCCAGAUGGACUAGCUGUUUUGGGAGUAUUUUUACAGAUUGGUGAACACAAUUCUCAACUGCAAAAGAUUACCGACAUUUUGGAUUCCAUUAAAGAAAAGGGUAAACAAACUCGAUUCACGAAUUUUGACCCAUUAUCUCUGCUUCCUCCGUCCUGGGACUACUGGACAUACCCUGGUUCCCUUACGGUCCCACCUCUUCUUGAGAGUGUCACAUGGAUCGUUUUAAAACAACCUAUAAAUAUCAGCUCUCAACAGCUGGCCACAUUCCGCACUCUCCUCUGUACCGCGGAGGGCGAAGCAGCAGCUUUUCUGUUGAGCAAUCACCGUCCGCCACAGCCUCUGAAGGGCCGAAAAGUGAGAGCCUCUUUCCAUUAAAAGUUGUCACCAGUCGACCACCCCAAACAAGUCGGUGGAGAAAAAAACAAAACACAAAAAUCCCCAGUAACAGUUCUUUCCCAGGAUUCUGGUUUACAGGUACCAUAUGGCUGCUGUCAGCUUCAGUACCACGAAGAUCAGAUCUCUUUAAUCAAACUAAUAACUUAACUCAUCUGUCUCAGAUUUUCCCUCGUGGGUAUCCAAACAGGAAACAUUGUUUGAUGUGUGUUAAAGCCCAUGAAGUGCAUCUACUUCAACCUGUGUGAAAACAUGGCAGGCAUCACAAAUCUCAGAAUGUAUUAAGAUUUUCCCCUUGCCCUAGAGAUUGAAUCAGUCAUCUCUCUCAGUGAUGUUUGGUGAAAAAUUUAAAUUCUUUUCCAGAAUGAUAAGAUUGUGAUAUCUUUUUCUGCACAAAUGAGUCAGCUUGCUGUCUUGUUAUCAUUCCAAUUCAUAAAAAGUCGAUAAUACUUCCUUUUAAAGUGAAUUUUUGUUUUGAUUAUGUUGUCGAUUCUCAUCGCAUGGUACCUUUAAUAGAAUGAACAAUAUGAGUACUCGGGGAGUGGGGGUGGGGUGGGGAUAUAACUCCUUACUCUGUCUAUUUCACAGCUCAAAAUGAACCGAUACCAUUUUGGCAAGGAAUUCCUCUGGAUAUAAAUGACUGUUUAAACUUUAAUGAGUUUUGCCCUAUAUCACAGUCAUGCAGUAAUGUUAAUGAUAAACUGGUUAAUAAUUGAUUAGAUACAGUGCUUGCCCAAUGUAUAGACAUGGUUUGAGACUAACAGAUUGUAGGGUACCACACAGGUGGAGCGCCCCAAGGGUAUGAUGGAUGGGUCGCCUGCUUUCCUCCUAUGUUUUGGCAACAGAGCAGCAAACAGUCCCGUGAAGGUUAGUGUUGUGUCAACUGGUGAAAAACAUUUACCUGGGCCUUGUAUGAAUGUACAACGAGUCUACAAACCCUGCAACCCAUUUCCUUGGCAAAGCCCAUCUCCCCUUUGAUACAUGUCCCUCAAUCUCAUAAGUAAUUUUUUAAAUUGGCUUCUGAUAUUCAUUUUAAUCUAUCGUCUCUCAUAUAUUUUUGUUUGUUUUUGGUGAAGGAGGAUGGUGGAAGUCCUUUUACUCUCUCUGGUACAAAUGGAACUACACGAAGCAUUAAUCACAUUAAGACUUGAACACAUGGUACGCUUCUGUCCUCGAGAGAAGUUUAGCUGAGUUUCCUUGAUUUUAUUAAUUUGUGUCACACACCGCUUCUCCUCCAGAUGUAGAUUUUAAUAAUUCAAAUUAUUCUGCAGUAGUCUUCUUGAUAGGAUCACUGAGAAUCAGUAAGUUGUGUAAUAAUGCUGUACUUGGUUGCAGAAGAUAAUCUCCUGAAGACUAAUGUGGAUAUUGGUCAUUUUUGUUUUCCCCCAUCUAGCUUACGCUUCACAGGAGCUUGCCAUCUAGUAAAUAUUUAACGAACUGAAUGUUUUAAAACGUUUUAUUUGAUAUCUUUGGUAAUUAUCUUGCCGCUUGGGAUUAAAUACAUUAUAAGUUAAUGUAACAAGUAAAAUGUAAGUUAUCUCUUAAAAAUGGUUUCCUUUUAAAGGCAUGAUUAUUAAAUCUACCUGUGUCACCAGAUGUUUUAAUGGCUUUAAAAAUACCAGUGUUGAAUGGUAAAGUGUUUCUUUAGUUUGGAAGGACAUGUUGUAAAGUAUCCUAGUCAGAGAAAGAAGUCUGUUUCCUCAGAAAAAGUAAUGUUCUGUUUGAAGGGGUAUAUCAUGGGGAGUGUAACUACUUUGCAUGAGAGUUAUUACUUUGUAAUUUAUGGUUUCUGCUACAGUAUUGCAUCGGUUCUAUGUUACAAAUUGGACUUUAGUAGACUAAAAAAGUCUACACAGCACUGAUUAUCUUGAAGAUUGCGAAUUUAUUUAUCUCUUAGGGGGAAAAGGUCUAAGUGUGUGUUGAAGUUGUUGAUCUCUUAACAAGAUUAAAGAGUUGUAAAUACUAAUAUAGAUCUCUUUUGUUUCCCA